CCGGCGCUAUGGCAACGCUCGCUCGCACGUUCUCGUCGGGUUUCUCCCGGGCACGUUUCUCCUUCGCCUCGCCGACGUAAACGUCUGAACGCGCCAGACGCGUGACGAAAAGCGGUGCCCGUCGGAGGGGGACGUUGUGUGGGGAGAGAUGGAUUAUCCGGCCCCCCGGCUGCUGACGGACGACGAGUCGGAGCGCGACAGCAUCCGCACGGGCGAGUCGAGGGAGAUCGGCGAGGAGGUGCUGCAGGACUUGGCCCCGCUCGCCCUGCCCGAGCUGCGCAGUAUGGUGCACGAGAUGAGCCAUGCCAAUUCCGUGCUCAAACUGGAGGCAGCAAUGUUUGAGAAAUUUUUCAAUCGGAUGGAGCCAAGAGAUUUGACCGGUCACUUGCCGCCAGAUAGACACGGCUCUUCGCUGGAUCUGGGGCCAGCAGUAUAUUCACGCGGCAGGCGCAAGUCUAAAUCCCGUAUAACAGCAGAUCGACUGAUAUGUCUGACUGUAGAGCAGAAGUGCGACUUAGCACAACGGGAGCUGGAGGAGACCAGGGAAGACAUUCAGCGAAUGAAGGAGAACUCGGAACGGGUUUUGCAGAACUAUUUGGCUGCCUUGGAGGAAGCAGACAUUCGUGUGGUUGACAUCAAGAAAGCCAUAGUGGACUUUGAAAAAGACAUCGUCAACACCAUAACCAAGAAGAAAGGAAGCAUCAUCGCUUCCGAUAAGGUGUUGAGAUACAUGGAAGACAAGAUCCGCUCCAGGGAUGUACUAAAAGAGAAGAUCCGUUUGAAAAAUGAUUCCUUGAAAGUUCAGAAGAAGAAGAUGCAAAUGCAGCUCAGGCAGAAGGAAGAGCUGGGGGAGGCGCUUCACGAGGUUGAUUUCCAGCAGCUGAAGAUUGAGAAUGCCCAGUUCCUGGAGAAAAUCGAGGAGCGAAACCAAGACCUGCUGCGGCAGAAGAUGACGGUGGGCAAUGCCCUCCAGAUCCUCAACUUCUACAAAAGGAAGCUGCAGACUACAACAUCAAUGGCGACCCGCCUGGUGAAGGACAUUGCUCAGAGAAAGGAGUCUCUGGAAAAAAUUGAACGAGAAGGCAUCCUUGUUGAGAAGGAGCGGAACAAGGCGGAGCUCUUAAACAAAAGACUGAGGAAGCAGCUAACAGAGUACAGAGUGCCUCCUGUCCUUGAUUAUGUCCAUGAGAAGAUAGCAGUCCAUGAACUGGAAAAUGCCAUCAAGAUUUGGGAGAGGAAGGUGGAAAUUGCACAGAUGGCCUUGCAGAGCUACCGCAGCGUUUGGCAAAAGGCAAAGUUGGCCAGUCAUGAGCUACAGGCUCUCCUCCCCGAACAAGUGGCCCGCUAAGAGGGUGGCUUUCCAGCAUCCGAGGACAGCAAGAACUCCCAGGGCGCUGCUUCCGUCUCCCUCGCCUUUGUUGUGCUCGCUUCUGGCCAAGGCGCCGGCCCCUGAGCCUUGCGGGGAUUCUUACCAUUGUGACUGUCUUUCCUUUUCUGUUCUCUUGUGAGGAGUUAUUUUCCAAUUACAAUGGCUUUCUACUC